ACCAAAAGUCAUCACUCAAAGUGCUGGCCUUCCUGUAUGCUGUUGUUGCAGGUGCAGAAGAGGGAGGUGGAAAGAAAGGAGCCAAGAAGAAGGGUGGUUCCUUCCAGACGGUGUCUGCAGUUUUUAGGGAGAACUUGGGUAAGCUGAUGUCUAACCUGAGGAGCACUCACCCUCACUUUGUGCGCUGCUUGAUUCCUAAUGAAUCCAAGACUCCAGGUCUGAUGGAGAACUUCCUGGUUAUCCACCAGCUCAGGUGUAAUGGUGUGCUGGAGGGUAUCAGAAUCUGCAGAAAGGGUUUUCCCAGCAGAAUCCACUACGGUGACUUCAAGCAGAGAUACAAAGUAUUAAACGCUAGCGUCAUCCCUGAUGGACAGUUCAUUGACAACAAAAAGGCUACAGAGAAACUCUUGGGCACUAUUGAUGUUGACCACACCCAAUACAAAUUUGGACACACCAAGGUGUUCUUCAAAGCUGGUCUGUUGGGUGGUCUUGAGGAGAUGAGAGAUGAAAAACUAUCAAGUCUGGUUACCAUGACUCAGGCUUUGUGCCGUGGAUAUGUCAUGAGGAAGGAGUUUGUCAAAAUGACGGAGAGGAGGGAGUCAAUUUAUUCCAUCCAAUACAACAUUCGCUCAUUCAUGAAUGUAAAACAUUGGCCAUGGAUGAAGGUGUAUUUCAAGAUCAAGCCUCUUCUGAAGAGUGCAGAGAGUGAAAAAGAAAUGGCAUCAAUGAAGGAGAACUUUGAGAAAAUGAAAGAAGAUUUAACAAAGGCAUUAGCUAAAAAGAAGGAGCUUGAGGAUAAAAUGGUGGCACUUGUUCAGGAGAAAAAUGAUCUUCUACUGCAAGUAACUUCUGAAUCUGAAAACCUCUCUGAUGCUGAGGAGAGAUGUGAAGGGCUCAUCAAAAGCAAGAUCCAGCUCAAGGGCAAACUCAAAGAGACAAACAAGAGACUGGAGGAUGAGAAGGAAAUCAAUGCUGAACUGACUGCCAAGAAGAGGAAACUG